GGCCUUAGUAUGUCCACAAGAAUGCCAAACCCUCUCUCACAUGGACUAGCAAGCAUGCAUCUCUCAAUGAGGCCCUACUGAAUCAGAAGGUGUUCGGUGCUUGAGCACCACCUAUUACUCUACAUAUCAUAGAAACCUGGCAAAUAAUCCAACAGGGGGGGGAGGAGAGAGAGAGAGGUGGUAUAAGGUGACAUACCAUGUCUUCAAGGAGAACCAACUUCAGAAAUCCUUCCAAGUUCCCAGUAUAGUUUCUUUCUUCCGUCCCUCCAUAAACGACCAUAUAGCAUCGCGCGCUUUCUCACUUUAUCCAUUCAGGAACCAUGCAUGCCUCUAACUCAUUCACAGAAAUCUUCCUGAAACACAUGUUGUUGGGACUCCAAAAUGGAGUUGCAUCCAAGAACAUGAGCUUCCUGCAGAGGAAGAGAGCCAUCAAGCUCACGGCUGACGUUGCCAUGGCAUUCGCUAAAGAUGGUGCGAAGUGGAGCCAUGCGCUCAUCAUGAACCUCUCAAAGAAAACUGAGAACAGGACCCUACUAAGGAGCAUCCUGGGUCGUGAAUAUGAGAGGCUAACCAAGCCAUGCCUCUCAUGGAAGAUGCCUAGAGCCAAGAAGAUCUUGCAAAGAAGCUUCAAGAUGCACUCUAGAAUAAAGAAGGGUGCACGUCAAUUGCGAGGUGUAAACGCAGCAAGUGUUCGUGCUGGGGCUGCCGUGACGAGGACCAAAGUGCUCAAACGCCUUGUGCCAGGAGGCGAGCACUUGGACGACUCCUCUUUGUUGGAGGAAACCCUAGACUAUGUCAUCUCCCUUCGAGCUCAGGUUGAUCUAAUGCAUCUCCUUGUCAAGGCCCUCGAUGUUCCAAAUCCCAACUUAUGCAACAAGGGAGAAAGUGGAGAAUUCCUAUUUUGACAAACAAGUACAAAGUAUGGGGAGUUAAGGUGCCUCUGAGCAGAAUUCUGUCAUCAAAGACUUCAAGAGCAUGCACGAUAUAGACAUGGAAAGUACUGUGAUUGUUGAAGCAGUAAGAUUUCUCCUCUGCUACAUAUUAUGAAAGUAUGGAGAAUAUUUAUGUAUGAUGGCGAGCAUGAAUAUUGGCUGCACAUAUCAUUAAACUGUAGAGAGAGAGAGAGAGAGAGAGAGAGAGAGAGAGAGAGCACCGAAGAAGGUAGGUUAGUA